AAUUAGGCCUUUCAUAAAGAAACAAGGUUCAAAAGAGGCUUGACCAAACCUAGACUAGACACAACUAGUCUAGGUCUUUCCCCUACACAAACCCUGGUCCAGAUUUUUCAAACCUGAACCAGACCUAGUAUGUCUAGGGUACUGAUCUGAUCACAAAUAGGGUCAAUCCGACAGCGGUAUCUAUGUACUUUAGGUGAGCCCUUCUAUGUGUAAAUGAGAGCAGGGACGGGUCGAACAUUAGAGAUAUUGGAUCCGCUCAAUUUUAUUCUUCAGACAAUCUCUUAUCAUUUUCUCUCGAAGUUAAUACGCCGCUCUGUCUCCCUCGCAGCUAUGAGAUCGCGUUUGAUAACGCGUAAAUUGUGGAGAGUAGUUGCCUUGUACUUUUUAUCUGUUUGGAAACAAUGAAAAUGGGGAAAAUCAGAAGUUCGGAACACGACUUCUCCCCAUUCAGUGUUCCCGCGAAGGAAAACGCGCGGCAAGUUUAACACGAAGUCACGCCACUCUAUGAACCCAAAAACAAAGCCUUGCAGUCACUUGAAGGGAAAAAAAAAAAACAUAGCUUCAGCCGCUGUGUUCUCUGCAUUGACGCUCGCUCAACAUCCUGAGACUUGCCCUAAAGCUUCUGCAGCAGUUGGAGGCUAACAAAAACCACAAUCAAAUGGGUUUUGAAGCUACAUACUCGAGGCAAUAUCGCAAUAAUAGAACCUGAAAAAUGCAAUGAAUAUUUAGCAAUUUGCUAUAAAACAUAGUGUUUGUCUGUGUGUAUUCAGCAUUGGUUUUCUUUCCUAUCAAGCAGAUGAUGAUGCAUAUUGUUAAUCCUGAUCAUUCCUGAGGUUUCAAAAUUCUAGCUUUUUAAAACUGAUGCUGGUUUGUGAUUGUUUCAUACAUUGUCAAAAAAAAAAAAGCACCAAAUCUACAAAGGUUUUUUUUUCCUUUUUUGGGUUAAUUUUCUUUAUUUUUUCUGGGAUACUCUCAAACUGUCCUGUUAAUUGAUUUAUUCGGAUUACUGUUCUUUUUGUUUUCCUGUUUAAUCUCAUAAUAGGGUACUUUGUUAAUCGAUUUGAUGGUUUUUGCUCUGUUUUUGUUUUUCUUUUUUUGUUGAUUUUUUUAUAACUAUCGUAUUAUCACCAUUGAUGGGUUAUAUUUGUGCCUUAAAAACAACCACUCUUUGCUAAACCCCAAACUUACAAAGUUUUUUUUUUAUUUGGUGUAAGUGGCUGAAAUCUGAGGCUAUGUUCAUCCAUUGAGCAUAUGUUGUACUAAUAUUUAAUAAGAAAUGCAUUAUAUAAGUUGUAGCAAUAAUAUCUAAUUCAAAAUAUGCAUUUCGCUUAUCAGAUCAAUUAAAUAUAUAAUGAAUGGUCAAAAUAGGCAAUUUCCAGCUUUCCCAAUGCCAAACAGGUGAAAAUACCAGCACCACAAUUUAUCAAACAAGGUUCCCAGCUUUCAGGCUACCAAUUUUCACCUUCCUUCCAGAAUCCAGGAAAGUCAGCAGCAUGGAUUGUCCCAGGGAAACUGCAGAAAAUGUUAUCAAAGUCAACAAAUUGUUAUUGGAAAGGCCAUGAAGAAAUACACCAAAAAAACAGAAUUAGACAAAGUCGGGCUAGUAGCAGUUGGAAGCACAAGAGGCUUUUUAGAUAUUAUGAAGAUAAUCCCUCGUCCAUAUCCAUCCAUUUGUUAACAUGAAAAUUUUGCCCCAUGAUGAUUUGAAUCAUGAGCUAUUGGAAAACCAUUCAAAUAAGCUCUGACUUUGUCAAAUCUUUGAUGUCUUGUUGGUCAUUUAUCCAGAGGAACAUCCCAGGUUUUUUGCCAACCUCGAGAUUCACUGUCAUGCAAGUUGCUUCUGUGAUCUCAUUUUCUACUCUAUCUCCGACUGCAUCCUACACAAGCCAACAUUACACAAACAUUGGAAAUCUUAAUUUUGAUCGUGCCGAGUCAUGCAAUAUUGUGAGCCAAGUCUUUGCACUGAUUCAGAAACCUGGAUGGAAACAUUCUGAAUUGUUGAAGACAUUGGUUUCUCACUUUCCACCUGAAAAUGUUGUUAAGGUUUUGGAGCUUCAAACUUCUCUGGAACAUUCGCUUCAGUUUUAUCUGUGGGUCUGCAAACAGUCUACAUACUGUUACAAUUUCCAAAGCAGAAUAUAUCUAUUGAAAUUAUUAAUCGCCUCGAAUCUAUAUAAGUUACUAGAAAAGGCUUUACUUGCAACAAUCAAAGAUUGUGGCCAUGAGGAAGAAAUGGUGAUGCUAAUUGAUGCCCUUAGGGAUAUGUCUAUGAAGGGUUUUAGUCUAAAUUAUUCAUGUUACAGCUCUCUCUUGAUGUCUUUAGCUAAGUUAAGUAUGGCCUCAAUGGCACAAACGGUUUAUCUACAAAUGCUAAUUGAUGGGUUUUUACCAGGUUGUAUCAUUUAUAGAACCAUGAUAAAUGCUCUUUGCAAGAGUGGUCUCGUACAAGCAGCUGAAAUGUUCCUUUGUCAAAAUCUUAAAUUGGGAUAUGGUUUUGAUACUCAUAUUUAUACCUCAUUGAUACUUGGGAAUUGUCGGAGAAACAAUCUUGAUAAUGCUUUUAAUUUAUUUGAGAUGAUGUAUGGAGAUGGUUGCAUUCCCAAUGCGGUUACUUAUUCAAUACUCAUAAGUGGCCUUUGUGAACAAGGCAGAAUGGAAGAAGCUUUCCAGUUGUUUGGAGAAAUGACUGAGAAGGGAUGUGAGCCUAGUGUUUAUACAUAUACUGUGCUAAUCAAGGCCUUGUGCGGCAUUCGACAAGUGUACAAGUCUAUUGAUUUAUUCAAUGAAAUGGUGAAGAAAGGGUGUGUGCCAAAUGUCCAUACCUAUACGGUGUUGAUAGAUGGGUGGUGUCGUGAAAAUAAGCUGGAGGAAGCUAAUGGCCUGCUCAAAAUGAUGUUAGAAAAAGGUGUGCUUCCCAGCACAAUCACCUACAAUGCUUUAAUAAAUGGUUACUGCAAAGAAGGUAGGGUUUUUUCUGCUUUUGAGCUUCUCAGUACAAUGGAGAAAAGAAAGUGCAAACCUAAUACCCGCACAUACAAUGAGCUUAUUGACGGCCUUUGUAGAGAGCGGAAGCCGUAUAAAGCAAUGUCGCUCCUUCAAAAAAUGCUUGACAAUGGGCUGUUUCCUAGUAAUGUAACUUAUAAUACAUUGAUCAAUGGCUUUUGUGGAGAAGGCAAGCUUGAUAUGGCAUUGUGUCUCUUUAAUUCAAUGAGCCGAAUUGGUCUUUAUCCUGAUGGUUUUACCUACACGGUUCUUAUUGAUGGGCUUUGCAAAAAAGGGCAGUUGGAGCAAGCACAUGAAUUUUUUAAUGAGAUGGUACAGGAGGGAAUUUGUCUUGAUGAAGUAACUUACACCGCCUUGAUUGAUGGGUAUUGUAAGAAUGAGAUGAUGGAAAAUGCCUUUGCCCUGCUUGACAAAAUGCUUGAAUUUGGGUGUGAACCAAAUUCUCACACAUUCAAUUCCCUUAUGAAUGGGUUUUGCAGGGAAAAUAUGCUGCCCCAAGAGCAUAUGUUGUUUGGUAAGAUGUUAAAGCGAGGAUUAGUUCCCUCAGUUAUAACUUAUACUAUACUAAUCAAUGGAUUUUGUCAAGCUGGUAAAUUUAGCCUUUCAUUUGAAGUCCUUGAUAGAAUGAUCCAGGAAAACUGCUUUCCAAAUGUAUAUACUUACACUGUGAUGGUUGAUGGUCUCUGUAAAAGAGGGAGAUUUGAAGAGGCCGAGAUGCUUCUAUAUAACUUGUUUGAAAUGGGUAUUUGUCCAAAUCAUGUAACAUACACUGUAUUAGUAAAAGGAUAUGUUAAUGCUGGGAAAGUAGAGCGUGCUUUUGAUUUAAUGACUAUCAUGGUGAAGCAAGGCUGUGAACCUAACUACCGGAUAUAUCAUGCAUUAUUGAAGGGGUUGCUUGAGGGAGGCCAGGCCAACAAAGAACUAGUUGUUGGCCCAAAUCUAACCAGUGGUAUGGACCUUGAGGGGACGAGUGAUGAUCGUUUUUCUGAUCAAAUCUUUAGGAAAAUGGAAAUUGAUGUUGCUUUUAGGCUUAUAGAGAAGUUGUGUGGGAAGGGUUGUGAGCCUACAAGUGAUUUGUACAGAGUGCUGAUAACUGGAUUCUGCAAAGAAGGAAGAAUCGUUGAAGCAGAUAGACUAAUCAAGGAUAUGGUGGGAAGGGGCAUUGUUCCUCAGAAGGCCAUAUAUGCAUCUCUUAUUGAAGGGUAUUGUGCUGAGUCCAACGUCCAGUCUUGUUAUGGUCUUCUAAAUGAAAUGCUUGACAGUGGUUUCCUACCAUCAUAUUCAACUUAUUGUAUGGUGGUUUCUGGCCUUCGAAAAGAGGGGAAGAUCAAGGAAGCUCAAAAACUGGUCUCUGACCUAUUGCAGAAGAAUGGAAUUACAAGUGAUGCUGCUUUUAUGCCAUUGGUAGAUUUCUUAUUGAAGGAAGACGAUGCUGCAUCCUGUUUUGAUAUUCUAAAACAAAUUGAGUACAUUAGUCAGAGAGGGUGCUCAGUUAUCUAAUGUAUUUCAAGUGUUGCGACUGUGAAUGCUUCAGAAAUUCUGCCAUGUCACUGGAUUAAAAAGGGAUGGAUACAUGUGAGUGUUAACAAAAAAUCCAUGUCUUGCGUGAGAUGGAAGGGAUAGAUAUGCAAAAUGCUCGAAGCUUUGAGGAGCGCCGGAUGCAUAGCUUGGAGUGAGAUGACAGUUAUGGUUGCUGCAGCUGAGAUAUUUCCUUUCAGUUGUCAUAUUGAUGGUUCUUUCAUCCUUUAUUCUGCCUUACAGUAUGUUGUGGGGAGGUCCUCAACUUCCAGCAUUCUUCAUAUCUGAUAGUUAUGGGCAAACCUUUUGGGAAGUUGUAUUCUCUAAGUGUUGGCUGUGAAUCCCAUACCUCGGUGAUGGCUUCAUACCCAUAAAGAGUGUUUUGAGAGUUUUGAUUCUCUGGCAUAAUGGGCACUUGCUUGGUGCCUUUGAAAUCUUGCUACUUGAUUAUUCACGCCUUAUUGUCAAGCUAUUGUUUUGGUUCCAAGAAAAGGUUUUACGCGGUUAUUUUGUGAGAGGCUCAUGUUUUUGGUCUUUUAGUCAGUACUCUGUUAAAUCAUCAAAGAAAAACUCUGGAAUAUCACAAUCUUCCGAUUCAUGCUUCCAGUGAGUAAUAGAAUCUCGAAACUGUUCUAGUGAGUAUUAUUGUCAGCAUUUCAGUUUGCUGCCUGAAAUUUUCAGAUCUCGUGUGGCACAUUUGUUGAUAUUGAUCUAAAUCUUUCGAGUUUCAUGUUAAUAUUGAAAUUUUCAUUAUUAAUGUUAUAAAAAGAUUUAAUUUAAUCUUGUUGCAUUCAUACCUUUCAUAUUUAAAUGUCUGCUACUUAGAAAUAUCAAAGGUACUUAUAUAUCAUGAUGAACUUACAUACACUGUCAUACAUAUUUAGGUACUUCUAUAAUAUUAAUGUUAUAGACACAAGGAGUGAUGGUAUAAUCAACUAAGAAAUAGGGUUUAUUAUUAUCAUUUGUGUAAUAUAAGGGAUUUGGGCUAUUGUUGCUUCAGUAACAGAACUGCUUUUUUAAAUUUAUUUAAUUUUUAGUAUUGCUUUUUUUAUUGGAUGACAAUACCAAUAUUUUUGUCAUUCCGUUUUAUUUGGUGAGAGGACUUACAAACAACAAAUAAAAAUAAUCUUUCUGUGUGUGUGUGCGGUUUUUUUUUUUUGGGAGGGGGGUUAUACCCACCUGUCUAAUUUACAUUUUAUUUUAUUUUUCGUCAUAUUAAAUUAAAAGUUUCAUGUCACAAGAUUCUUCGUCCUUUCUUUGCCUUAUUGUAUUGGACUUUUUAGGCUUAAUUUUUAUGCAGCCAAUGAACCCUCCAUUAAUCAUCAGUAUAUGCUCAGUUUCUUUCUUGUGAAAUGGUAAAUGAUUGAACUACUCCGUCACUUGGUGUGACAGUUAAGGGGGGAACGCCCCCCCCCCCCCCCACUUCCCCCGGGGCGUUGCAUGCAUGCAUGUGGUUGUGUUUGUUUACUUUGUGUGCUAUUGCAAGCACUGUGGAAGUGGCUUUCUCCAGCUAUAGUUAUGCCCACCCAUAUUAAAUUAAAAGUUUCAUGUCACAAUAUUCUUUGUCCUUUCUUUGCCUUUACUUUAUUGUAUUGGACUUUUUAGACUUAGUUUUUAUGCAGCCAAUGAACCCUCCAUUAAUCAUCAGUUCAUGCUCAGUUUCUUUCUUGAUCCUUAAUCCAAUGCUUUCUUGUGAAAUGAUAAAUGAGUGAACUACUCGAUCACUUGGUGUGACGGUAAAGGCUUGGGUUGCCAGUGCAAGAGCGUGAGUUCGAGUCUUGAGAGCGGCCACUUUGUGCAUAAAAAACCAAAGGGCCCACGACGUACUUAUGAAGAAACACAACAUUAGGGAAGGAAAAGUACUACUUGAUAUAUUAUGCAUACAAUGUUAGAAGAUGUGCUACUGUAAACUGAGGUAUCUUAAUGACUCCCUCAAGGGUUCACAUGCUGUUGACAAUCACGAUGUAAUGUAGAUAUAAGAAUGUGAAGAUAGGAUUAAUAUUUACUGCUGAUGUGGGAGAUAGAUCUUUCAGGGUAUUUGCCUUGUUGUGUUUACUGGAUUAUAGAUACAAGGAGGUGAUGGUACAAUCAACUGGGAAAUAGGGUCUGUUAUUAUCAUUUGUGUAAUGUAAUGGAUUUGGGCUAUUGUCGUUUCAGUAACAGAACUGCUUUUCUUUAAAUUUGUUUAAUUUUUAGUAUUGUUUUGUUUAUUGGAUGGCAAUAACAAUAUUUUUGUCAUUCUGUUU